AAAAAUGCAGUCCUCCUAGGUUCCGGCUUCCGCCAAAAGCUCCUUUAGCAAGCCUGCCUUGCAUCGCACCGCAGGCUCCACAAUCCGGCUAACGCAGCUGCUGCUGCUGCUCUCGCCUCCGAGGAAGCGCUGUAGCUGCAGGACUACUCUCGAGUAAACGUCGCGGGGCAGCUUUUCGCCAGCAAGAACGGGAGGCGGCGCUGCAGAACCGGCGCCCGCCCCGCCCCCCCCCGCCUGCGUCCCGGAGAAGGAAGGGCGCCUUGGCAAGCGGCGGCCGCGGGCUCGGCGGCGGCUUCCUUCUGGGGGUCUCCGGGAGGCGCCGGUGGCGGAUUCGUGCAGAGGCAGCUCGGCAGAUGCGCCACGAUGGCGGCGGAGCCCGAGGGAGCGCGCCGCUUUUACCAGGAGCUGCCCAAAGUGGAGCUGCAUGCCCACCUGAAUGGCUCCAUCAGUUCUGCUACCAUGAAGAAAUUGAUGGCCCAGAAACCAGACCUUCAGGUUCAUAAUGGAAUGACCACGAUUAACAAGGGCAAGAGAAGAAGCUUGGAAGAGUGUUUUCAGAUGUUCCAGAUCAUCCAUCAGAUUACCAAUAGGACUGAAGACAUAUUGAUGGUAAUAAAAGAUGUUGUCCAGGAAUUUGCUGCUGAUGGAGUCAAGUACCUAGAGCUAAGGAGCACACCCAGAGAUGAGCCGACCACCGGUAUGACCAAAAGGACCUAUGUGGAAGCUGUACUUGAGGGUAUAAGACAAUGCAAGGAAGGUGGAUUGGAUAUAGAUGUUAGGUUUCUGUUAUCUGUGGAUAGAAAAGGAGGACAAACAGUUGCCAAGGAAACAGUCAAACUGGCCGAAGAGUUCCUGCUAUCCACAGAUGGAGUGGUGAUAGGCUUGGACCUCAGUGGAAACCCUUUGGCAGGACAUGGGAAGGACUUUCUGGAGCCUCUCUUAGAAGCGAAAAAAGCCGGGCUGAAGCUGGCAUUGCACCUUUCAGAGAUCCCAAACCAGGAAGAGGAGACCAGGCUUCUCUUGGGCCUACCACCUGACAGAAUUGGACACGGUACAUUUCUUCAUUCUUCAUCCUUGGCCUCAGGGGAUCUUGUACAGCUGGUUCGGCAAAAUCACACACCCCUAGAACUCUGCCUGACGUCAAACCUCAAAAGCCAGACGGUGCCUUCUAGCGACCAACACCACUUCAGAUUCUGGUACAACCUGGGUCAUCCCAUCGUGCUUUGCACGGACGACAAGGGGGUUUUUGCGACCGACUUGAGCCAGGAGUACCAGCUGCUUGCGGACACAUUCCAGCUAUCCAAAGCACAGAUCUGGGAACUCUCCUACAAUGCCAUCAACUGCAUUUUUGCUUCCAGUCAUACAAAAACGAAACUGAAGGAGCAGUGGCAUCAACUGAAACCAUCUGUGCUUGAAUAGCCAUAUCAGACCGCCAACAACUAUGGCACUCAUGCUCCAUGCGCAGUGUUUUCUUUUUUUUAAAAAAUGUAUUUUUUAUUAAAGAUUUUUAGUUUACAAAAGUAUGUGCAAUAUCUUUAUUCAAGUUACAUUUUCUACAUAUCAGUUUCAUUUGU